UCUGAACUCUGCAGAAGAAGAAGGAGAAAGUGCUCGCUCACUUAGUGCUGUUUAGAUUGUAGUUCAUUAUGUCGAGUUUUGGAUCAGAUUCAGGAAAGCAGGACCUGUCAAACACACCGGAGUCUCCUCAGGCUUCUGUGAAGACGAGCUCAGACGACUUCUUCCCCACAGUUAACACGCUCACGAAUGACUCUCGGAAUAAGAGAUGCACCAGGUAUAAACAGUUUGACCCGCCUUUCGUCGCCUUCCCCAACCCCCAGGACCCCUGCGGUGCUGAUGACUUUGUUAAUGAUGAAAUGUCUGAGUAUGAAGGCAUAGACUUUAUUGCAGUGGAUAAAUUAAGGAAUGACUCAGGAUUUAGACAAAUGCGCUGGAGGUCCAAGCACAGGGGCAGAUGGGCUUACCGUGGUGGGCGGAAUGGGCAUCACUACAACCAGCCAGAAAGUGGGGAUUACCCACCACACCACAAAUGGCACGUCAGAGCUGGUAGAAGGCACAAUCUCAGCAGACCGAGGAACAGACCAGACAUUCUCAGUGAGUCUGGUGAAUCUGGGCCUGUGGGUGAGGUCCAGAGAACUUUCAGCACCACGGAGAAGGACCUCGGCGCACAGCCGUGUUCCGUCAGCAGGAGGAAGGAGAGAGCUAAGUUACGGAAACGGCGAAUGAGAGCUCUGAAAGCUGCUGCGAAAGCACAGGCAGCGCCGGACCUCUACACCACAGUAACGCAGCAGGUGAAACCUAAACAAGAAGUGAAGAGGAAGCAGAAGAGGCCGACGAGUGCAGCAGACGAGCCAGAGUGUAAAAUGAUCAAGACUGAGCCGUCAGGAGAUUCAACAAACAAUAUGGAGGCAGUUGAGAGAUCUGAAACUGAUGGAAGUGCCUCCAACCCAGGAGCUGAGGAACAACCUAGAGCAGGUGACACUGAGGAGACCAGCGAGGGUUCGACUCCUGCCUCAGCCUCCACAUCAGCAGAAGCAGAACAAAGUUGUAUGGAGAAGUGGUUGGAGGAAACGACUGAGCGCGCGACGUAUUCUACAAAGCAGCAGGGUAGACGGACUCGGAAGUACGAUGACAAACAGGUGAAGCAGGGCUACGCAGGCAGGACGAGACCAGAGAUGAUCACAGCCCAGAGGAUCGCGUUCGUAUGUUCGGUGUGCAAGUUCCGCUCGUUCUACAGAAGGAACAUGACAGUGCAUCUGAAGAGUAAGUUCCACAAAGAUCACUUCAAGUUCCUGUCAGAUCACCUGCCUGAAGCCACGAUGGACUUCCUGCAGGCACAUUUCAGUAAUAAACAUAAGAAGGUUGAAGGUUUCAUUAAUCAGAUACAAGAUCACCGUGCUACCAUCUGUCAGCUGUAUGAAGAUAAGGACCUGACUCAAGACAUAAGUAUGGAGCACUUUAUGAGGAAGGCAGAAGCAGCUCACUGUCUAGCGUGUGAUGUGUACAUACCCAUGCAGCAUUUAUUAAUUCAGCAACACCUCAAAUCUCCUGAACAUAAAAGGAACUGCAAGGUUAUGAUGGUACAGUCUAUACAGUCAGGGCUGUCCAUUACCCAGAACAUCCUCAGUCAGAGACACAUCUGCAAGAAACUCAAUCUUUACCUUAAGCACUCUGUGGUAACGGAUGGGUCUGAAGUGAAACCAGACGAAGUGUGGUCCUCAGGGCAAGGGGCGGUCCCAGAAACAUGUACGACCAAUCAAAAGGUGGCGUCGUUGUGUGUACAGGAGAACCAAGCUGCAGAGGCAGCAGGAGAUGAGCAACAAUCAGAGCCACUGUGUGAAGAGACAUUUCCAGCUGUAGAGAAAAUAAACAACGAGGAUGUACAAGAGGAACCUGAACAUUCUAAUCUGACCAAAUCACUGUUUGACUUGCUGGAUGAAGAUGAUGAUGUAGAAGGUGUGGAGCUGGGAGAGGAAGAAAUGGGAGAGGAUGACAUUUGACCUCUGGGACCCUUUAUUAGACUUUUGGCUACAGAUUUUGUUGCCUGGAGCAACUUGGGUAUCUUAUGGGAGUUUGAUAGACGUUAUGUUGUAUGUUUUUAUAUAUAUAUAUAGAACUAUUUUUCUUUUAGUAAUAAUUGUUCUAACGACGGAUAAGCGUUCACCAAAUCGGACUCGGGCCGACGGACUACACUCGUGGCAGGAGGACGGAAUGUUGUGUGUGUUUCGUUUACUUAUUUAUUUUUGCAUCAUGAAGAUGUUGUAUGAGAAUCGAUUUAAUUUUCCAUUAAACUUGAUCAGAAGUCAAACACAAGAAAAA